AUGGAUGAUUCAAAGAAGAACUCCGUUCCUUUUCAUGUUGGAACCAUGUUACACAGUGGGCAGUUUCCUGCAAAUCAACAUGAGGUAAAGGAGAUGAAAAGCAAACCUUAUCAGCAGGCAGUCGGCAGCUUAAUGUUUGCAGCAAUUGUCUCACAGCCAGGCAUCAUGUUUGCUAGGAGCAUGGUGAGCAGAUUUUUACAUAAUCUGGGUCUCGAUCAUUUGCAUGUUGUUAAAAGGAUUAUGAAGUAUCUACAGCAGACCAGGGACCUGACCAUAAGGUACAAAGCUGACUCUACUGGACUGGUAUUCUACUCAGAUGCCGACUUUGCUGGUGUCUUUGACACUUGCAAGCCAACAACAGGCUAUGUGAGCUUGUUAACAGGUAGGCCUGUGACAACGUGUUCACAUCAGCAGAAAUAUGUAAGCAGAUCAACAAUGGACGCUGAAUACAUAGCAGCUUUAGAUGCUGCUGCUGAACUUGUUUGGUUGCAUAGUUUUUUCAAUGAAUUUGGUUUUCAGUGA